AUGAUGUGCGGACAACUCAAAAUAGUGGAGUUUAUUUACUUCACUACUAUGCAAGUUGCUAGUUCCAAGGAUAAAAACCCAAUUCCUCUCAAAUAUGGGUUUCUAUGGUGUUCAUUCAAGAAAUUUACCCUUGACUACCAAAAGUUUACAAUCCCAGUCUUUAGGUGUGAUUGGAUUGAUAAUACUUCUGGUCUUGUAGUGGACGAACUUGGAUUUACCCUUGUAGAUUUGAGUAAAAUUGGACAUAGGAAUGACCAAUUUGUUUUGGCUUCUCAAGUCAAACAAGUAUUUUUUGUUGACGACCCGAUGCAUCGUGGUUGGUCGGUAGUGUUAUCAAUGCCUAAUAGAGAAUAUAAUGAUGUUAUUGGUGAUGAUGUCUUAGGUGAUGUGAGAAUUGAGUGUGAGCCAUUUACUAGGGGGAUGCCAAAUGUUGACACAUUUGAUGAAGUGGUGGUUGAGUUAGGGAGUCAAAAUAUUCGAGAUGGGUGUGAAGAUAUAUGGGUUGAAUGA